AUGCCAUUCCUUAAAAAAGCUCGACUGAAUCUGCCUCGUUCAACAAUAUUAGAUAAUAGAGCAAAGAAGUCAGGGCUUCGUGGAACAGUAUUUUCAGUCAAUGGAGACAACUACACUGGGGUGUGGCUGGACAAUAAGAAACAUGGUUGGGGAACCCAAGAGUGGAAGUCGUCUGGUGCGAUUUACAAUGGCGAGUGGAAAUUUGGGAAACAUGAUGGAUAUGGCAUCUUCAGUGUACUUCGACCAGACACGAAGAAGUAUGCAACGCAGUACUGUGGCGAGUGGAAAAAUGGAAUGAAACACGGGCACGGUUCCUUCUUUGAUGUGCAUGCAACUUAUGAGGGAGAGUGGAGUGAGGACAAUCGCAGUGGUUGGGGGAGACUCUGCUAUAAGUGUGGCGAUCACUAUGAGGGGGAGUGGCUCUGGGAUAAGGAACAUGGAACAGGCGUCAUUCAAUUUGCCAAUGGAAACUGGUACGAAGGAUCUUGGAAGGAUGGAAAGAAAAAUGGUCAUGGCAAGUUCUACUAUGCUGAUAAAGGUCUCAUUUAUGAAGGCCUUUGGGUGGACGGUGAUGCAAAAUGUGGGACUCUGUCUGAUUUUGGGAGAGAAGAAGCACCAUACCCCACCAAGUAUCCAAUUCCAGAGGUAACACUAAUGGACAUGAAAAUGGUUUUAACGGAAGCCGAGUCCACAUACCUGGAUGAAAGUUGAUGGGAAAUAAGAGGAAGCAUGGGUUUCAUUUACUUUUGCCCCACCCCAGUGAUUUUUCUGUGUGUAUUCACAAACACACAUUAUCGUUUUGAUUUAUAGAGAAAAGUCUCAUGACAACUGGCCAUUACACCAACAAGAACUGAAAAUAUGGGAAAUGUAUUUGGCCUUGAAUGACUCUUAUGGAUUCUCUUGAAUAACUCAACUGUUUUUGAGUGUGUGGCAGAAUUUUGGGGCAUUUAUCUAGAAUUAAGUGUUUGUGGUUAAAGUUAAUGUAU